AUGGGCAACCGCAGGAAGCUCAUGCACUUCCUCCGCGUCGACCCGGCGGCGGCGGUCUCCGCUCUCUCCUCCCCUCGGUCUUUCUCGACCAACUCCUCCUUCUCCGACGACGACGGCUACAGCUCCUCCUCCUUCCAAGGCUCCGUGUCGUCCUCGCCGUCGCGGUCCUACAGCCCGCCCAAGUCGCCGUGGGCGCGCCUCCCGGGCCUCGGCGGCGUCGGUGCUGAUGACGCGACCGCAACCGAGCUCAUCGCGUCGCUCGUCAAGGAGGACGGCAAGGUGUACUCGCUGGCGGCCGCCGGGGACGUGCUGUACACCGGCACGGACUCGGAGACCAUGCGGGUGUGCUCCGUGAACCCCUCCAGCUACGUCCUCUCGCUGCGCGGCGGGGGCGGGAGGGGCCGGGGCCGCCAGCGCCGCGCGGUGUGGCUCCGCCACUCAGACGCCGUGUCAUCGCUCAGCCUCGACGAGGGUGUCGGCAUGCUCUACUCGGCCUCCUGGGACCGCACCUUCAAGGCGUGGCGCGUCUCCGACUACCGGUGCCUCGAGUCCGUGCCCGCGCACGACGACGCCGUCAACACCGUCGCUGCGGCUGGGUUCGGCGGCCUCGUGCUAACCGGCUCCGCCGACGGGACCGUCAAGGUGUGGAGGCGGGAGAUGGCGGCGGGCGGCGACCGGACGAGGCACGUCCUGGAGCGGGUGCUCCGGGAGGUCGGGGACGGCGCGGUGACCGCGAUCGUGGCGUGCCCCGAGGCCCGCGCCGUGUACGUCGGCUCCUCCGACGGGCUGGUCACGUGCUGGCGGUGGGGGCUGGACGACGUGGACGACGGAGAGCCGAGGCUCGCGUGCGUGCUGGCGGGCCACGGGACGGGCGUGCUGUGCCUCGCCGUGUCCGGGCGCGUCGUCGUGAGCGGCUCGGCCGACGGGACGCUCUGCGUGUGGCGGCGCGACGAGGACGAGGACGAGCGCGCGGGCCACGCACGCCUCGCCGUGCUCGCGGGGCACACGGGGCCCGUCAAGUGCGUCGCGGUGGCGGCGGACGACGACUGCUACGACGCGGACGGCGAGCGGCGGUUCGUGGUGUACAGCGGCAGCCUGGACGGGUCCGUCAAGGUGUGGCGCCUGUCGGAGGAGCGCGCGUUGGAGCUGUCGCCGGCGGUAGAGGCCACAACGGCUCCAUUUAUGGCGGCGCUGCGGGAGUCGGAGGCAUGGAUGCCCCGGCCCCGGACAGCACAGCUGCCGUCGCCGGUGCAAGCGUGGGUACCGGAGAUGAAGGGUGUGGCAGCUGCAUGA